AUGUAUAGUUUAGAAUCAGUAGACUUUUAUUUUGCAAUAUGUUACGUCAUAACUCAUACUGAACCAGGAGUUAAAUCAGAAAGUAUCCUCAGUGCUCCCGUAUUUAUUGAAGAACCACCCAAUCGAGUUGACUUCUCCAACUCAAGUGGAUCAGAAAUAAACUGUAAAGCAGAUGGGAGACCUCUCCCAUCUGCACGAUGGGUGAAUCAAAAUGGUGACGUUUUACAAGAUCUUCCCAGGCUAAGAUAUACACGCCAAGAUGGAACUCUUGUGUUUCACCCAUUUGCUACGGAAGAUUACAGAGCGGACAUACAUGCUGCUGUCUAUAGAUGUGUUGUGUCCAAUGUUGUCGGAGUAAUAGGAAGUAGAGAUGUUCAUGUCAGAGCAGUUGUGUUGCAACACUACGAUAUUCGUCUCUCAGAUGAGUUUGUUCUCAGAGGCAAUAUGGGUGUGCUUCGAUGUCCUGUUCCGAGCUUCAUUAGUGAUCACGUAGAAGUUAUAUCAUGGGAAAGAAUUGACGGAUUCCUUAUAACUCCAGGGAUCAUUAGCGCGAAGUAUGGAAUGCUUGAAAGUGGAGAUCUUUACAUAAGGGACACAAAUGAGCAUGAUGGAUCUUACAGUUUUCGAUGUCAUACUGAAAAUGUUGUAUCGAAAGAGAAGAAAGUUAGCACAAACUAUUCUAAAAUUAUUGUCACAGAGCCACAUCACAAACAGCCACCGAGAAUAAUAAAGAGAUUGACUCGUAUAUCUGUCCCUGUGGGUGGCAGAGCAACAUUGCCAUGCAUUGCUCAAGCGUUUCCUGUUCCAAUUUAUCGGUGGUUUAGAAGUAGAGAUCAAAGACACUUGCCGGACCAUACCAUCUCUGUUAGUCAAGAGGGAGGAAUUCUCAUAUUUCAUAAGGUAGUGCCGAGCGACAGUGGACGAUAUGUGUGUCAUGUGACUAAUAUUAUGGGAGAAGAUAAGCUAGAGACGGAGCUUAUUGUUGAAGAGCCUUAUCGGGUAACAAUUACACCUUCAGAAAUUCGAUCUGACGUAGGUAAAUCUGCAACAUUUAACUGCUCGGUUCUUGGAAGUGCAUUCGAGAAAAUACUGUGGAGGAAAGAUAUGGUAAUCCUUCACUCAAGUUCAGUGGUAUCUUUUCCAAAUCCGUUUUUGCUACAAAUCAGAAAAAUUAACCGACAUGACUCUGGAAUGUAUCAGUGCUUUGUUGAAAGGGAGUAUCAUUCUGCUCAAGCAUCAGCCAGGCUAAUAAUUGGAGAUUUACAUCCCACCCUAAAAUCCGUAUUUCCAAGCAAAAUUGUCAGAUCAGGGAGAUAUAUCUCCCUCACCUGCACAGCGGCUGGUCAUCCCGAUCCAAUAAUUCGUUGGAGUUUGGACAGAAUCUGGCCGUUAUCAACGAGACAUGGCGUCUUCAUAAGCUCAUACCAAACGAGCAAUGGCGACACAGUCAGCUCCGUCAAUUUCACCUCAGUGGAUGUCACGGAUAGUGGUGUUUAUUCCUGCGAGGCAUCUAACGAGGCCGGAAUGGUUAUUUACUCUAACAGACUGAAUGUCUUUGGGCCAUUAUUCAUCAGAGCAGCUGAUAACCUGACAGCUAUUUCUGGUGAGACGUUUACAGUUUCCUGCCCGUUUGGAGGAUAUCCUUAUGAUAAAGUUUUGUGGAAGAAGAGUGAUCGUAUACUUCCUGCAAACCAACGACAAACUGUUUUUCCUAACGGUACGCUAAUUAUUACCGAAAUGCAGCCAGGUGUUGAUGACGGCAUUUAUUCUUGCGAAGUCAGUUCCGAACAAGGAGGCAAUCCAGUAUCACGAUCAUUCCGCUUUGUUAUUAGAACCAAGCCGAAGGUUUCAAGAUUUAACUUUCAAGAUAAUCUCCAUGAAGGAAUGAGGACAGCUGUAACUUGUAUAGUUGUAGCCGGGGAUGGUCCUUUGACAACGAGGUGGCUAAAAGACGGAUUCCCAUUGGAUGCUAAGUACUUAGACGCAACGGUAAUCCCUGCUGAAGAAGGAUUUGUGUCUACAGUCACAAUAAGGUCACUGGGGAGUAAGCACAACGGAAAUUAUACCUGCCUCGCAACAAAUGAUGUUGCUACCAGUUCAUAUAGUGCAGUAUUAACCGUUAAAGUUCCACCCCGUUGGAUUCUAGAACCUAGUGACACGUCUGCGGUGGCGGGUCGAUCAGCGACAAUUGAUUGCCAAGCGGAAGGAGUGCCACAACCACACGUGCGUUGGAAAUUAGCUACAGAUCAUCCAUCUGACAAGUUUAAGACAAUUGUAAGUAGUUCUCACGUUCAUAUUCUUGUAAAUGGAUCACUUCACUUUCGCAGUGUGGAAAAUGCAGAUUCUGGCUACUAUUUGUGUGAAGCAAACAACGGAGUAGGAUCUGGUGUUAGUUCUGUUGUCCGACUAACAGUCUAUAGUUCACCGCACUUUCAUUCGAAGUUCAUUGUUUUAAGUAAUAGACGAGGUGAAAAGGCUUCUAUUGACUGUUCUCCACAGGGCGACAGACCAUUAAAAAUUUUAUGGGCGAAAAAUGGUCAAACAUUAGACAUGGAAAACGAUCCAAGGUAUGUGUUUUGAAUCAAAAUGCCGGAGUUAGAAGAAACAGGACUUAAAGCUACGUUAUUUAUCGAUAAAGUAGAAAGAAAGGACUCGGCUCUUUUCACGUGUACAGCCUCAAAUGAAUUUGGUGAAGACACGUUAAGUAUACAGCUUACUGUGAAAGAUAUACCCGAUGCUCCACAAAAUUUAGAAGUCCAUGACGUGACCAGCAGAACGGUCAGAUUAACCUGGGAUCGACCAUUUGACGGAAAUUCGCCGAUCACUCAGUAUAUUGUGAUGUGGAGGCAAACAGAAGGAAAUGUAAUAGGAGGUCCUCUCAACAUUCACGGAAGUGAAAGUGCCAUCAUUGUUCGUGGUUUAAGGGCAAACACCAGGUAUUUCUUCAGAGUAAAGUGCCGAAACAUAUUAGGAGAAAGCCAGUUUGGUGCUGAAGUAGCUGUAACCACUUUGGAAGAACCGCCACGAUAUCCUCCGAGAUUUUUGGAAGUGAUACCAAUGUCUUCAAAAAGUGUGAACAUCACCUGGCAGCAACCAAUGUCAGAAGAAAAUGAAUCAUCGGUCAUUGAAGGAUAUUACGUUGGAUACAAACUUGCCUCAAGUACCGAUCCAUACACGUUCAUAGCAGUUCAAUUAAACAGCCCUCAAAAGGGAUUACAGUUUCACGAGCUUUAUAAUCUCUACAGGUUUACCGAAUACAGUUUUGUUGUUCAAGCAUUCAACAAGCGAGGAGCUGGACCACCCUCCCAGUCCGUAAAUAUCCGAACUUUAGAAUAUGAUCUACCGACUCCACCUUUUAUUAAAUCCUACUAUGCAACAUCAACAUCCAUUAAAGUGGUUUGGGAAACGCAAGUCUCACCAAAUGCUCCUGUAACUGGUUUUGUCUUGAGUCACAGGACAGACGAAGAAUCCUGGCAAGAAACUCAUAUAGGAGGAGAUAAGUCGAUGCAUGUACUUCAUGACCUAGUAUGCGGCAUCAAGUACUAUAUGCAUCUAGCAGCUGUAAAUAUUGUUGGUCGAGGAAAUAGAAGUGAAACAAUAUCUCUUAAAACUACUGGAAGUGCACCUUUAGCUCCAGACAAGAGACAUCUAUUAUCAGUCAACUCAACUACCGCCAUCAUCAACCUCAAUGCGUGGCACAGUGGCGGAUGCCCAAUGCGUUUCUUCAUCAUACAAUAUAAACUCAGUGGACAUCAAGAAUGGAAGCUUGUUAGCAACAAUAUUAACCCAGAACAGCAGGUUGUGACACUUGCUGAUUUGAUUCCAGGAACUUGGUACUCUCUUUUGAUGACAGCUCGAAAUGAUGCUGGAUCGACAGACGCAGAAUAUGUUUUUGCUACGUUAACAGCUACAGGAGAGCUUCCACUUCGACCAUCAGAGCACAGUGAUGUGGGGUCCUCCUUAUACAAACAUCUAACAAUCACUAUUCCACUUGUUUGCUCAUCAGUCGUUUUGGUCGUCGUAAUAUGUAUACUGCUCAUAGUCACGAAACGAAGAAGUUCAACUCCACGUCUCCGAAAUCCCGAUGGAGCAGAAAAUAGUGACAGUAUCAAACAAGACAGUAUUGCAUUGACAGCCCCUUAUGAUAUACGACAGGAGCCCGCCUAUUUUUCUUCUCACUAUUCAACAGGCAGAGGUCAAAGUUACGAGAGAAAUAUUGGCAUGCAUCCGAAUGUACGAAAUGUUCCCAACACUGGUACUUUUGGCAGUACGAGGAACUAUUCCUGUGAUACACCAAGAAAGUGCCAAAAAGGUGAACCUAUCUAUGAAACACCUACAAUAUAUUUUUCUGCUUGCCAUCAAACAAGUAAUGGAUUGCGCUCAUGUCAUGAUAUAGACAUUUACGAAAUUCCAGAUAGAAGUAGGAUGAACCUAUACGAUGAAAAAUUUCACAGAGAAGCUGCUGACGGCAAUUCUAGCACUGAAUCGGAUAAUGAAGAAUUAUUGUGCACUUUACUAUCAACAGAUGACGUCCUUCCACGAGAAGAUGCCAGAGAAUCAGAAACUGAAUGUGAUCGCUUAUUUGUACUCAUGACUGAAGCCAAAGAACCUAAAACUCCAGCUAUGAAGCAAUACUUUGCAGCUUUAACCCAAGUAUUAUUAUCUGAAGAAACUUGA